CGCGCGCAGCACGGCGCGUCAGUCGAUCGCCAGUGCCCGAAGCAGACGCUCCGCACAUACAAACGCUCUGCUAUACUCGUAUACUACACCUCGUCGUCGUUGAAUAAUAUUCUCCCGUGCAAUAUACAUACAGAGUGUGGUGUGGCGCGCGCUCUCUCUCUCUCUCACACACACACACACACACACACACACAGAGACGCACUGCAGAGCGAGAGAGGGCCAUACACACCGGAGAGAAGUGUGUUUACGCGGUGCGCGCGCGCAAUAGUAGGCAAAAGGGGAAUAGCUCCGCUCGAUCGCGCGCGUGCAUUAGUUGUUCCUCUGGUCGUAAAUCAGGGCGGCUUCUGAACACAGGAUAGUUUCUGGUGCGAGAAGACACGACUCCGGCGAGUCCUGUGUGCAGCCGCGCUGAGAGAGCGAGAGAGAAAGAGAGCGAAUAGCAUCGCCGCCUUUUUGCUGCCCCGAACUGACCAGAGAGAGGCUGCGAGAUGAGCACGCCGGUGAAGAAGGUCCCGAUACACCUGCAGAGCGCGCAAAACAGGCUGCUGAUUAAGAAUGGCAAAGUCGUCAACGAGGACGGCAUCUUCGACGCCGACGUCUACGUCGAGGACGGCAUCAUCAAGCAGCUCGGACGCAACCUGAUAAUCCCAGGCGGCACGAGGACGAUAGACGCGCGCGGCAAGUACGUGAUGCCCGGCGGCAUCGACCCGCACACGCACUUCGAGUUCGAGCUCUUCCAGGGCACGACGAGCGUCGACGACUUCUACCAGGGCACCAAGGCCGCGGUGGCCGGCGGCACCACCAUGAUCAUCGACUUCGCCAUACCCAAGCCCGACGAGGGCCUGCUCGAGGCCUACGAGAGGUACAGGAUGAUCGCCGAUGAGAAGGUCUGCUGCGACUACGCGCUUCACGUCGGCGUCACCAGCUGGACUGCCAAGACCCGAGAGGAGAUGGCGACGCUGGUCCAGCAGCACGGCGUCAACAGCUUCAAGUUCUUCAUGGCGUACCGCGACCUCUUCAUGCUGAGGGAUCCGGAGCUCAUCGAGGCGUUCAAGGUCUGCAAGAGCCUCGGCGCCGUGGCUAUGGUUCACGCCGAAAACGGCGAUCUCAUAUACGAGAACACGAAGAAGCUGCUGGCGGCAGGUGUGACCGGGCCCGAAGGCCACGAGAUGUCCCGGCCCGAGGAGGUCGAGGCGGAAGCGGUCAACCGGGCUUGCGUCAUUGCUAACCAGGUCGCAUGCCCGCUGUACGUGGUGCACGUGAUGAGCCGGAGCGCGGCGGAGGAGGUCGAGAAGGCGCGUCGUCGUGGCGUCUGCGUCUGGGGCGAGACCCUCGCGGCGGCCCUCGGAGCGGACGGUAGCAACUACCAGCACCGCUGCUGGAGGCAUGCCGCCGGACACGUGCUCAGCCCACCCCUCAGGCCCGACCCCGACACUCCGCUGGAGCUCAUGAAGAAGCUCAACUCGGACGGCCUCCAGGUGACCGGCAGCGACAACUGCACCUUCAACGCGGACCAGAAGGCGAUCGGCAAGGACGACUUCUCGAAGAUCCCGAACGGCGUGAACGGCGUCGAGGACCGCAUGUCCGUCGUCUGGGAGAAGGGCGUCCACGCCGGAAUCAUGGACCCGUCGCGCUUCGUCGCCGUGACCAGCACCAACGCAGCCAAGAUCUUCAACCUCUACCCCAAGAAGGGCGUCAUCGCCGUCGGCUCCGACGCCGACAUCGUCGUCUGGGACCCCAGCAGGAAGAGGACCAUCUCCGCGCAGACCCACCACCAGGCGGUUGAUUUCAAUAUCUUCGAGGGCAUGGAAGUCCACGGCGUUCCCGAGUACGUCGUCGUCGGCGGCCGCGUCUGCGUCGACGAGUGCGACGUCAAGGCCGUCCACGGCUUCGGCAAGUUCGUGGAGAGCCUCCCGUACCCCGGCUACGUGUACGAGGCCGUGGAGGAGCGCGAGAAGCAGCCCCGCGGAGUGGCCCGCUCCGAGGCCGACGCCCGGAAGUUCGCCGAGGAGGACGCCGCGUUCGCCCGAGCCCGGGAAGCCGCCAGGAAGGCCAAGGCCGCCGCGGAGGCGGCCGCGGCUGUGAGCCAGAACAACGGCCACACCAACGGGACGCACUACGAGCCCGCCAGACCCAACACCAUCCCCUGCACGCCUACUCUGCCCAAUUCGGCCGUCGCCACGCCCUCGGUCAAGGGGCCCAGGAUGGAGGGCCAGAGGAACCUCCAGGACUCGACCUUCUCCAUCAGCGAGGACUCGAAGGAAGCCUCGCGGUCCUGCAUCCGCGUGAACAACCCACCUGGUGGACGCAGCGCCGGCGGCUUCUGGUAAACGCGACCGCGCGCCCCUUCAGACGCGAACGAGAAUCAAAAGGAAGGACCAGCGCAGGGGAAACGUGUACCGGCUUUCAUCGCUUCAGGAGGGCCGCUCUUUCUCUCUCUCUCUCUCUCUCUCUCUGCAUGACUCGCGCCAUCACGCGAUCCCGAGAGUGUUCAUAUACUUGACAAACUAAUCAGUUACGACGAGCUCGAUAUUCUAUUCUUGGUUGAGUCGAAAAUCGAUUAUUAUUAUUAUUAUAUUAUUAUUAAUUAUUGAUUACUGUAAACUUUUAAAUUUUCCCCAUAUCACGCCCCCAUGUCAUACGUGUUUUAUUAAGUGUAAUGUAACGUUUAUUUCUUUACAUUGUUAUAUCGAAUGGAUAUAUUUAUAUAUACACAUUAUGUAUAUGUACGUGGAUUUGUAUGAUUUUGGACUUCUCCGUUAGAGUCCAAUAUUAUUGAUGAUUCGUCGCGCUAUUAUGUAGUAUACCUAAGCACGAUAUCGCACACAAGUACACACUGAGAAAAAUUCAAAAACUAUAUAUGUAGCUACACUCGCCUCUUCCGCUCCUGCGAUAGACUGCUGCUAUACUGCUGCUGCUCUUAUACUGUCACUCAUUAAUCAGCGAUAUCGAAAACGGCUCGUUGACGCUACUCAUUAAGAAAGAAAAAAUGUAAUAACAUUAUGCAGCUAUUGUCACGUUAUUAUGUAUUUAAUAACUGGUGUAUUUACUGGAUUAUCAUCGUUUAAUAAAGCGCGAUCGCAAUUGUAAUGAUUGUUAUGUAAGAUGCUAAACGUUACCAAUAGACACAAUAACUACGGCAAAGUAAACCAGAAAAGAACAAAGUAAUGCGUAAUAUUUGUCCGAUUAAGUUGCGUGGAUGACAUUGAGCGAUUUAUAUAAUAUACACUAAAAAUGCGCCAGCUAUGAACUAUAAAUAAGGAAUAUAUAGAUAUCUAAAAAAAUUUCAUGAUAAAACUCUCGACCACAAUAUCACCAUUACUUACGUAUGUAGGAACCAAAAAAGGAAGACAACUUUUUCUAUUGUAUACGCCCGAAUCUGUAACAACCCGACUGAAAAUCAAUAUCCAAACAGAUGGAAUUUUGUACUACAAAUUUUGUAUGCCAACACUUGUACACGGCCCGUCACUAAUCCAGUAGAUUACGAUGAUAAUUUUUAUUAAAAUGCCAAUACGCGCCUGCCUUGUGAUAAUUAUAUUAUUGUGAAAAAGUAUUUGAAAAAUUUUUCACGUUUCAAAAUUUGACGAAAAUUUCGUACUAUUGAUAUUUGCCUGUUGAAAUUAAAUAAGAAUCUUAUGAGAUUCGGCUUUUAUCUAUAUGAAUAUGACAAAUUUAUGAAUAUUUGACGAAACACGCUUCUUAAAGACGUAUAAUUAUAUUAUUAUUAUUAAUAUUAUUAUUAUUAUUAUUAUUAUUAUUAUUAGAAUGAAUGUCUGUUAUGAUAUGAUGUAUCUGAAACCUUAUAAUAAAUAUUAAGAUAAUAAAUAA